CCAUCUCUCCGCAUCUGGAUCUCCAGCUCCAUCUCCCUCCAUCUGGUCCUUCCCCCGCCCCCUGAGCCUGAUUUUGUGGGCGCAGAGCUUCGUCAGUGCGCAACUCUCUGCUUUCCCCAAGCGAGGACCGGGAUCUCCUGGAUCCCCAAGGACUGGACCAGAUCACGGCCUUUCUCCCGGAGGCAGCCCUGCUGCUUCUCUUUCAGGCGGAAUGGCACUCUGCAGAGCUCAACUCCUGCUGGGCCUCCUAUGGCCCGCGGCCUGGGGCCUGGGCCCGGGCCCCAGCUCGGAGCUCCGUUCGGCCUUCUCGGUGGCCCGGACCAGCAGCCUGGAGGGCAACACGGAGAUGGCCGUGACCUUCGACAAGGUCUACGUCAACAUCGGGGACGACUUCGACCCCAAGUCGGGGCUGUUCCGCUGCCGGGUGCCGGGGGCCUACUACUUCUCCUUCACCGUGGGCAAGUACCCGCAGAAGAGCCUGUCGGUCAUGCUGGUGAGGAACCGGAACGAGGUGCAGGCCGUGGCCUUCGACGAGCACCAGCGGGCCGACCGCAAGGCGGCCAGCCAGAGCGCCAUGCUGCAGCUGGACUACGGAGACACCGUCUGGCUGCGGCUCCACGGGGACCCCCAGUACGCGCUCUACAGCUCCCCGGGGCCCUGCACCACCUUCAGCGGUUACCUCAUCUACCCCGACACCUCCUCCUACUUCCACGGCCCCGGCCCGGCCCCGCCGCCCCGCCAGGGCCCUCCCCGGGGGCGGCCAGGAGAGCAGGAGGACCACGACGACGACGACGAGGAGGCGGCGGCGACGACGGCGGCGGCCCGGCCGGACCCGCGCUCGGCCUUCUCGGCGGCCCGCUCUCAGAGCCUGGUGGGAGCGGAAGAGGCCUCCCUCCACCACCGGCCCGUCACCUUCGACACCGAGUUCGUCAACAUCGGGGGCGACUUCGACGCCGCCUCGGGCGUCUUCCGCUGCCGCCUGCCCGGCGCCUACUACUUCUCCUUCACCGUGGGCAAGAUGCCGCACAAGACGCUGUCGGUGAAGCUGAUGAAGAACCGCGACGAGGUGCAGGCCAUGAUCUACGACGACAACCGCUCCCGCCGGCGGGAGAUGCAGAGCCAGAGCGUCCUGCUGCCCCUGCGCCCGGGCGAUGCCGUGUGGCUCUACAGCCACCAGCACGACGGGUACGGGGCCUACAGCAACCACGGCAAGUACAUCACCUUCACCGGCUUCCUGGUCUACCCGGACCCCGGACCCCCGGGGACCUGAUCGCCUCUCUCCCGCCCGCCGCGGGGCAAGGGAAGACCGAGGAUCGGAGGGGCCGGGAGGUGGGGGGGGGGGAGGAUUGCUAAACGCAUGCUCUAUGUGUGUUUGCGUGGGUGCGCGGGUGGGUGUAUGUAUGCGUCCACGUCAGUUUUCAGCCCCGCUACAUCCAGCCGGGGUGUGUGUCCCUCGUUGCCGUUGGAGCUUGACGUCAAAAAAUGAGACUUUGGGUCAGCUGGCGCUCACUGGGAGAGCCGGGG